ACCAUACAUACAUAAUAAAAUCAGUUCAAGUUUAUACUUUACAACCCUAUUAGUUGUGGAAUGUGUAUGAUGAGUUGACGAUUAAAAACACAAAAAAUAAAAAACGUUUCUACGUAAAUAGCUCAAAGCGCCAAAUGCUGUACGUGAAACCGUUCAAUACCGAGUUCACAAAUCUUUACACGCAAAAAAACUUUGCACCCUGCUCCAAUCUAAGUGAUCUGAUUGCAGUACACUAUGUUCAGCGUUUCAAUAAGGAGGUGCUUCAGUCGUGUUGCAGAGUCGAACAGUAAUGACUUUGCUUGCUUUUACCAGAAUAUUAUCUACGGACAAUCGGAGAAACAUUACGAUAGGAUGGGGAACAGCUCAAAAUUCACUCACGACUACGUAGUACCCCUGAAUGUCGAAGGAAUGUUUGUGGAGUGAAAUCCUUGAAAGACAUUAUAAACAUUGAAGGAUUGGUGGAGGAUACCAAGUCCUACGACUGUCCCCAGUGUCAAUCACUCUACUGCCCGUGGCCAGAAACCAGGUUUAAACGAUAUAAUUUGUAAAAAAAGAUAAAUAUAAAAAUGUUAUCAUACAUUUUUGUCCAUAAAAUAAUGCGGAAUAUUGCGGUAAGGAAAUUUUCAAUUCUAAUAUGAAAUGCGGAAACUAUUUCAAGUGGGUUGUAAAUACUGUUAACAUAAUGACUAGCCUUGUCAGGUCGGUAGUUCUAAAACGUAUGUUCGCUAUAGCAAAGAGCUACAAAAUGUUACAACUAGUGCUUGUAUAAUUUUAAAAAACACUCUGUCUAAGAAAUAAUUUGAUUGAACUCAUCGAACAUCCUACGUGGUAUUUGCCGAAAAUACCCGAACCUGACCUAUCCUAAAGAUAACACUGCUCGUGCCAUUUGACAUUCCAUUUUCUACAGCAGAUGUGCACAGAAGCUUGAGUGUGGCCUCGAAAAUACAUUUUCGUGCACGCGUACGUUGUAUAUUCAUUGCAAAUGAUAACGACACCAGGGUAUUCUUAUUUAGCGGUGUUCUCCUCAAAAUUCGUCUUAGUGGCGUCGUGUAUGUGGUCGAAGGAACACCAUGGAGCUGCGAAUUUGUUACACACAUUCGCUGUACAAGAUCCUUGCCUUGUGCUGCUUUUUGACCAUCGCGCUUUUUCUAAUAUAUCCAUUGAAUUCCUCUUGGAAUGCAAAUAAUAAGUUAUAUCCGCCUACCACGCGAGUUUCUCGAGUUUCGAAGAAGACUGAACCGCAGAAAUACUAUGUGAAAACAUCCAUGUGCCACAUUCCCUUCGUUGAUCCUUUCAACGACGAAGCUAUGGAGUUAUACAAACCGCAAACACUAAUCACCUGCUCGAAUGAGACCGAUCUCAUAUCAACCAAAUACAAUAAAGUUAUCAAACGUCACGUGCUGUAUAUAGACGACGAAGUCGCCCAAAAAUUGCUUAAUUUCACAGACACGGAUUAUAAUUGCUUUUACCGCGAAAUCAAAUAUGGAAGUCAUGCAGAUACUUACGACAAUCUUAAGGGCAAAAAGUAUUUCACGAGUGGUUACGAGGUGCCAGUCCACGUGGAGGGAAUAAUCGUCGAGUGUCAGACUACUGAGGAUCCGAUAGUCGUCCUCCAGAAGGACGCCUUCACCUUCAUCCAGCAUCGGCCGUUGCCCAAGGACCUCAUAAAACCCAGGGCAGCUCGGAAGCCCAGUGUGAUAAUGUACGGUAUUGACUCUCUUUCCCGGAUAAACUUACGCCGAACUAUGCCCAAAGUUUUCAACUUUCUCCAGGGCCCAGGAUGGUACGAGAUGCAAGGAUACAAUAAGGUGGCCGACAACUCAUUUCCCAAUAUACUCGCUAUUCUCAGUGGAUAUUCGCCCAGUACGGCAAAAAAAAAUGUGUGCGAUACUGAUGAUGAAGGCUGCUUAGACAAAAUGCCAAUGAUAUGGAAGUAUUUCGAGAAUGCCAGUUAUUUGACAGGAUACGCGGAGGACGAGAGUGACUCAAAUCAUUUUAGCUACCUAAAGCCCGGCUUCUCCAAGAAGCCGAUGGACUACUACUUUCGACCAUUGCUUAGGGCACUGGAGUCCGAAAUGGAUGAGUACCGAUUGCCGGAACAUGACUACAUGCGAUACUGUCUGGGACGCAGGAUAGCGAAUCGUUAUAUCUACGACUAUGCCCUGCAGUUCACUCAGCGUUUUGUGCACGAUCGACCCAUUUGGGGAAUGUUCUGGUCAAAUCACUUCAGUCACGAUGAUCCAUUUCUGCCGUCGGCCAUGCAGGAAAAGAUUCUGGGAGAUCUGCUCGAUAUGCAAGAGGAUGGAGCUUUGGAAGAAAUGAUAAUGAUAUUUUUCGCCGACCAUGGUGCAAGAUUUAGCAAGUUGACUACUCUGAAGGAGGGCUAUUUGGAGGAGCGGCUGCCCAUGAUGUUUAUAUAUCUGCCCCCCUGGUUCCGUGAGACAUAUCCAUCUUAUGUGAGGGCACUGGAGCUAAAUCAGCACAGGCUUAGUUCCAACUUCGACCUCCACAAUACACUCAAACAUAUCAUAGAGAUUGGAGGUACCCCAGAUGGUCAAAAGCUACCCAAGUCCUUCGACUGCCCCACCUGCCAGUCGCUAUUCUAUCCCCUGCCGGAGAGUCGUACCUGUUCGGAGGCGGGCAUUGAGGAGCACUGGUGCACCUGCGAACCCUACAGGACUAUUACGGGACUGAGUUGGACCACUCCAAUUGCCCACAGUGUGAUCGAUCGAAUGAACGAGUAUUUCGUUCAAAAGAACCUAACAAGUCUUUGCAGCAAUCUGACGUUAGACUAUAUCCAUAAGACUGAGUUGAAAACGGGCCUGAACAUUGAUUGGCAUCAAGAAGUAAAGGAAAUGGAAACUGCUGUUUAUCGUACAAAGUUCAAAGUGAAUCAGAAUAGUGCUGACUUCCAAGCCACAGUGGUUUAUCAUAAUUCCACCCAAUAUGCCGAAGUAGAUGUGGAGAAAAUCAGCAGAACGAACUCCUAUAAAGAUGACUCCACAUGCAUUGAUGAUAAGCUUGCAAAACUGUAUUGUAUUUGUUUCAGUGACCUCAACAAAAACUCUUAAGUACAAAAUAAAGUUUAAGCCAAGUUUAA